AUGAGUAACACCGAUUUUCUGGGACGGGCGAUUGACACGGUCAAGAAAGCCAUCGAGCACGACAAUGAGGGCGAGUACGAGAAGGCAUACCAGAUGUACUACUCCGCGCUGGAGCUGUUCAUGCUCGCUCUCAAAUGGGAGAAGAACCCCCGGUCCAAGGAGAUGAUCCGCGCAAAGACCGGCGAGUACAUGGACCGUGCGGAGAAACUCAAGAAUCAUCUAGCCCAACUAGAUCGGAAGAAACCCAGCGCUGUUGGCGCCAACGGGAACAAGGUUGCCCAUGGGACUGGGAAGGGAGGGAAAGAAGAUGACGAAAACGAAGACGCCGACGCGAAGAAGUUACGGUCGGCCUUGCAGGGCGCUAUCUUGUCGGAUAAACCGAACGUGCAAUGGGAGGACGUGGCUGGUCUCGAGAAUGCGAAGGAGGCGCUGAAGGAGGCGGUCAUCCUGCCCAUCAAAUUCCCGCAUCUGUUCACUGGCAAGCGACAGCCGUGGAAGGGCAUCUUGCUCUACGGUCCCCCCGGUACAGGAAAGUCAUACCUCGCCAAGGCGGUGGCCACCGAAGCCAACAGUACGUUCUUCAGCGUUAGUAGUAGUGACCUGGUGUCGAAAUGGAUGGGUGAGAGUGAAAGACUGGUAAAGCAGCUAUUUAACAUGGCUCGCGAAAACAAGCCGGCGAUUAUCUUCAUCGACGAGGUCGAUGCCCUGUGCGGGCCACGUGGCGAAGGAGAGUCCGAAGCAUCUCGCCGCAUCAAGACUGAAUUGCUGGUACAGAUGGACGGAGUAGGAAAGGACUCCAAGGGGGUCUUGAUUCUCGGCGCAACGAACAUCCCCUGGCAAUUGGAUGCGGCUAUUCGGCGACGAUUCCAACGGAGAGUCCACAUCAGUCUGCCUGACAUGAAUGCUCGGAUGAAGAUGUUCAUGCUGGCUGUGGGCCAAACGCCAUGUGAGAUGACCCAAGCUGAUUACCGCACGCUGGCGGAGAUGAGCGAGGGCUACUCCGGCAGUGAUAUCAGCAUCGCUGUCCAGGACGCCCUGAUGCAGCCAAUCCGGAAGAUUCAGACCGCAACCCACUACAAAAAGGUCGUGGUUGACGGCGCCGAGAAACUAACCCCUUGCUCCCCAGGAGACCAGGGGGCCACGGAAAUGACGUGGAUGAGCAUCGAAGCAGAGCAGCUUCUAGAACCACCGCUUGUCCUUAAGGAUUUCAUCAAGGCCGUACGGAAUUCGCGACCCACCGUCAGCCAAGACGACCUGAAGAGGAACGAAGAGUGGACCAAAGAAUUUGGCAGUGAAGGAGCUUAA